UUAACUUUGUAACGUCACUGACGUAUUAUUUUCACUAGUUGUUUAAAAUGUUAAAAUACGUAAACAAAACACCACGUAGUGUUAAAAGUACAUGGUAGGGGUAUCUCUUAUCUAAUAAUGGGAGAUCUUCACCAAAAGUAUAACUUGAAAAGUCCAGCUGUAAAGCGGUUAAUGCGUGAAGCUGCAGAGUUAUCUGAACCCACUGAACAAUAUUUUGCGCAACCAUUAGAGGACAAUAUAUUUGAAUGGCAUUUUACUAUACGUGGUUCACCAGACACUGAGUUUGCAGGAGGUCACUAUCAUGGAAAAAUUACUUUGCCUCCUGAGUAUCCAAUGAAACCUCCAAGCAUUAUUUUAUUAACUCCUAAUGGAAGGUUUGAACUUGGAAAGAAAAUUUGUCUUAGCAUGUCUGCUCACCAUCCAGAAACAUGGCAACCAUCUUGGAGUAUACGCACUGUGUUGUUGGCUUUGAUUGGAUUUAUGCCAACAAAAGGAGAAGGUGCAUUGGGAGCACUUGACUAUACUAUUGAAGAAAGAAAGGUUAUGGCUGCAAGAUCUCUUGACUGGUCAUGUGACACUUGCCAAAUUAAUAAUAAAACAUGUCUUCUACAAUCAAAACCUGGAUUUGAAUCUAAUAUGGAUGAAGCUAAGGAGUUAGCAACACAAAUCAGUUUUAAGGGAGAAGUAGAAAAGUUAAGCGAAAGCAAAUCGACGGAGUUAAACGAAACAUCGUCUAAUAAGCCUUCAACGAAUGCACCUUCUACGAAUAUACCUGCUUCUACUCCAGAAUUACGGCAAAGAAAACCCAUUUUCACUACAAAUCAACCGCAUGUAGAAGUUGUGCAUCGAAGAAGCUUUUUUUAUGUUAGUGUAGACUAUUUUACUUUAGGUAUGAUGUGGAUUAUUGCCGCAGUCUUAGUUGUGCUUGUUGUGCGACGCUUAGCGAUGGAAAAGGAAAAUGUGUCAGGUGGUGCGUGAAAGUUGUUAGAUUUGUCAAUAUAAGAAAAAAUUUGAAUAACAAUGAAAUCAUUGAUCUUUUUCUCGAGAGAUUUUGUAACGUUAUUUUUUUAAACAAUUUCCACUCACGUUUUA